AUGUACACGAAUAAGUCAAGACAGACGCAUCCCCACAGGAGAUCGCUUUUAUCGAACGUAGUUCGGUUUAGUGACAGCAGCUUGGGUAUGGAAAGUGAAAAAUAUGGAUUUUCUAUUGUGCAGUGUAAAUCUGGAGUUGCCAGCUAUAGUCGGGAAGUUUCGCAUGGAAAUACGGGUGUUUUAGUUCCACAGUGGAUGCACAAAUGCAUGCAACGAGAGGGUGUUGUAUAUGAUGAUACGGUAGUUCAGAAACGUCAGCAUAAGGAGGAAGAUUCCACGGAAGUGGAUGUGUUGAAGAAGACAAGGUUGGGGAUCGAAGUGAGUGAGAAUGGCCGUAUCAGUAAUAAGUACGAAGAUGUUGUUGAAACGAGCAAGGGCUAUAUGACUACUGAUGAAAAAUGUAAUUAUAUUAGUAAAAAAGCGCCUAAUUAUGAUGGAGCUUAUGAAAAUGAGACGGAGUGUUAUGUAUCAGAUGACCCCUGGGCUGUAUCACAACUAGAUAAUAUUUCACCCUUCUCCCUUGAAAAGUUAAUGAGUUUUUCACUAUUCCAGAAUGCCUCCCAGGCUUUUUAUGUUUCAAUUGCGAGAAAGCUAAAGCUAGUUACUUACCACGCCCAGCAAUAUAUUCUAAAGGCAGGAGAAUCAGCGCGGACCAUGUAUUGGAUCCUCAAAGGUGCCGUUAAUGUUAUAUCCCCAGAUGGUGAGACUAUACAUGCUGAAUUGGUCGAAGGAUUCUAUUUUGGUGAAAUUGGUAUCUUAUUUAAUAGACCACGCACUGCGACGGUGGUAGCUAAAUCACAACUUCUAGUUGGCGUUUUGACGGCUGAGAACUUCGAACAAUUACUGACAGACUACCCGUCAGUAGAACGACAGAUCAGAGAUGAGGCUCAAGAAAGACUUGCAAGGCAAGGCAAGAAAAGGAAAGCCUGCAUAACCAAUAUCAUCGAUCAAAACCUCAAUACUUUGGAUGCAAAUCAUGAAGGCUAUUCUUCAUUCACAGAACAGGAAGGGCUGACAUUACAGCUGAAAACUCCUGAGUCAGUGCCAAACCAUGGGUUCGCCCAACCAAACCAAUUAACUCUUUCAUUUGUAAACAUUGACGAUUCGGUUUCCACUCAUCAAUUCUUGAAAAGUAUACCGCUAUUCACAACAUUACCCAAAGAUAUUCUUCAUAGUUUAGCACUUUGUGUGGAUAUUAAGAAAUUUCAGCCUUUUCAAUAUAUCUUUCGCAAAGGUGAUUAUGGAAAUGAUGUGUACUUUGUCCUAAGUGGCGAAGUAGAAGUUUUAAACCAUGACCCUGACGUUGAUUCAAGGAGCACCAAAGUACUGGCAAAAUUUGGACCAGGGCAGUACUUCGGUGAAAAGGGGGUUUUGAAUUCUGUUUGUGACAUAGAACCCAUUUCUCAUUCUACUUGCACACGAUCGGUAGAUAUUAGAUCUGUUUCAGAAUGCUCCUUGUUAGUUCUAACUGGGGAAACUUUGACUGAAUUUUGUAAACGAUACCCAUGGAUAAGACAGGAAAUUAAAAAGACAUCAGAAGAAAGGAGCACUCCAAAGCUUAAAGCAGGACCUCAAAACAUAACUUCCAUAGGCGCUUCAAUCACUGUGCAUGAAACAAUGGAAGUGCCAAAUAAGACAGAAAGCCUACUCAAGUUGCUUCCGAAUUCGCGGAACAAUGAUCUUCAAAGUGCCUCAGAGAUUUAUGAUGUAUCAGAUCAUUCCAUUUAUUACAGUUCCACUCAGAAAUCACCACAUGAUGUAACCUCUAGGAUUUCCUUCGAUCGAAAUUUUUCUCUUAAUUCCAGAAUCAAAAAAUUAAAGCCUAAGUCACUCUCUCAGCGUCUCAAAGUAUCGAAAACUGUUCCCUCAACUUCUCGAUCUAUGUCCCCAUUAAGUCUACAAAUUUGCAGUAUAUCGAAAUUAUCUGCUGGUGGUACAGAUACUUGCAACUGUCACCCAGUAGAUGUGGGAGCACCAGAAUUAAAUUCAAGACUAGACAGUAGAAAGUUGUUAUCUGCUUCCUCUACCGAUUCUGUUCAACAUAUGCCACAACUCAAGAAGAUAAAACUAUUAGAUCUUGCUGUAAGUGCAAAGGAAAGUAAUCUACCUAAAGUUUCUGUCGGUUCAUUACCAGAUCGCCUUUUAUUGCGAUGUUUUCAAUUUUUGAGUUUACCAGAAUUGAUGAAGUUAAGAUUCGUUUGCAGGAAAUGGAGACAGUUAUUGUAUGUGGCUUCAGGUUUGUUCGACGAACUAGACUUGACGCCGUGGAACAAGUCAAUUGAUGAUAAGGCUUUAAUGCAGAUUUCCGAUUUUGUCGGUUCAAGACCAAAAUCAAUCGAUAUCUCCAACUGCUACCAUUUAACUGAUAACGGCUUCUCGUAUAUGAUUAAUGAAACUUGCAUAGGUGGUCAGCUUAGAAAAUUAAAAAUGAGAAGCUGCUGGGAAAUAAGUGCUAUGGCUAUUAUGGAUGUUGCUGCCCCUUCAAUUGGUCGAAUUUUAAAUGAAAUUGAUCUAAGUAACUGUAGGAAAGUUCGGGAUGAUGUAAUACAGCGACUUAUUGGAUGGGAGAAUACAAUGCUGAGUACUUCGGUGUCGACGACUAACGCGCCCGAUUGCUUUGAGCAUGAAAACGGACGGGCAAGCGAUAAAAACGAUAACCUUAAACCGAUUUAUCAAAUUGACAAGCCAACAAUUGCAACGGAAGCUUUUGAUGGGAAUGCAUCUUGUAGACCCAAUGUUAUAGGUUGUCAAAAUUUACACACACUAAUAUUGAGGUAUUGCAAAAAUAUAACCGAUCUAACUUUGUAUCAUAUUUCAAUUUAUGGUAAGGAUAGACUGAGCUAUAUUGAUCUUACACGAUGCACUGGGCUUACUAAUUCAGGGUUUACAUAUUGGAGUUAUCAGUCCUUUUUAAACUUGCACACUUUAAUUUUGAGUGAAUGCAUAUUUCUGACAGAUAGUGGCAUCCGUUCAAUUGCCAAUUGCACACCGAAUUUGCAAAAUUUGAAUUUGUCUUUUUGUUGUUCUUUAACAGAUGUUGCAAUUGAGUUGUUGUGGAUAGGAUGUCCAAAUCUUCGAACCUUAGAUUUAAGCUUCUGCGGUAGAGCUGUGAGUAAUGUCUCGUUGUUAGGAAUAUCAAUGCACCUACGGAAGUUACAUAACAUAGUGUUAAAAGGGUGCUUAAGGGUAACUAGAUCUGGGGUAGAUUCGUUACUCGGAGGAUUUGCACCACUUACAUUUAUUGAUAUUUCGCAGUGCAAAAAUGCGCACAUGUAUCAGGGCGGGCUUCCUGCAAUAAAAUUUGAAUUGGAACCUGGUUGUAAAAGCAUAUUUUUAACUGUGGAAGACUCUGGCAGAUGCAUUGAAGUUGUUAUUUAA